AUGUAUUUAAAUAAGCGAUUUGCAAUUUUAGUGUUAGUAUAGUUAGUAAUUCUCUUGGUAAGACGAGGUGUUGAACACAGUCGUCAGAAUGAGAGUUUUGGGAGAUACAAACACCGUCACCAUCAUCGACCCUUCUGAACUUUUACGCCCAGAACCGAAAUUCGCCAAGAAACCGAUUGGGGCGUUUAGGGAUUUCAGUAUCGAUGAGUCGGAUCCGAUCAAGGAAAGGGUUAGAAAAACUUACGAAGAAAUGCACACAUACCAGACAGUGGACUUUGUAAAAGCUAAGCAAGAGAAGUGGACGAAAUUCGACCACUUGAAAUGCACCAUGCGAGAAGCUCUAGAAAGACUUAACGAACUGGUAGAUGAAAGUGACCCCGAUGUGGACAUCCCCAAUAUGAUCCACGCUUUCCAGACCGCUGAGAGGAUCCGCAAAGACUAUCCCGAUGACGACUGGUUCCACCUGACUGGCCUUAUCCAUGACGCUGGAAAGGUUAUGGCCUUUUUCGACGAACCGCAGUGGUGUGUAGUCGGUGACACGUUUGUGGUUGGUUGCAAUUGGAGCGACAACAUUGUGUACCGAGACACAUCUUUCAAGAAAAACGUGGAUGGCAGGAAUCCAAAAUACAACACGAAAUACGGAAUGUACGAGCCGAACUGCGGCCUGGCCAAGUUGACGAUGUCUUGGGGUCACGACGAGUACUUGUACAGAAUGUUGGUUCACAACAAGACCAAACUGCCGCCUCAAGCCCUGUACAUGAUCAGAUUCCACAGCUUCUACCCCUGGCACACCAGCGGCGAUUACGAGCAUCUGAUGACGGAAGAAGACGAGGAUACCAAGAAAUGGGUGCUCAAAUUCAAUCAAUACGACUUGUACACCAAAAGCACAGACAUUCCUGACAUCCAAAACCUCUGGCCCUACUACGAGAGUCUAAUUGAAAAAUACAUCCCAGGAGUAUUGGAAUGGUAAUGGAUUUAUAAAUUCUACAUGCUGCAGUUAGUGUGUAUUACAAUUUGUUAAAAUUUGUAUGGACAAACCGCAAAAUGCAAUUUAUCAAAAAAGCUGCAGAUCAUUGUUAUGAAAAUGGAACAAAUAUUAAAUGGGUGCCUAAAUAAUGUAGAUUUUUAUGGAUUUAUGUCAUGUUUUAUCGGGUAAUUUAAAUAUACAUGGUGGCUUUUAA